GAGUGAGGUGGGCGGCCGGGAAGCGACCCCCGGACGAAGGAGAAGCAGAGGCCCGACGGGCGCGGCCUUCGAGGGGCGGCCUCUCCGGAGCGGGGAGGACCUCGACGCCCUUCGCCGGCACCGCGCCUGGACCCGCUGUCCCGCUCCUUGGUGAUCCUGCCGCUGCCCUGCACACCUCCUCUCCCCCACAUCCACCCCCUCUCCUUUCUCUCUUCUCUUCCUCCUCCUCCUCCUCCUCCCCUCCAGCCGCCGGGAGCCGCGGGUCGGAGGAGCAGCCGCCUCCUUCUCUGCGUCCAUGUAUGAGGGGAAGAAGACGAAGAACAUGUUCCUGACCCGGGCCCUGGAGAAGAUUUUGGCCGACAAGGAAGUGAAGAAGGCGCAUCACUCCCAGCUGCGCAAAGCGUGCGAGGUGGCGUUAGAGGAAAUAAAAGCCGAAACUGAAAAACAGAGUCCUCCUCAUGGAGAAGCAAAAGCUGGAUCAAGCACCCUUCCCCCAGUGAAAUCAAAGACAAAUUUUAUUGAAGCAGACAAGUACUUCUUACCCUUUGAGUUGGCAUGCCAGUCCAAAUGUCCCCGCAUAGUUAGUACAUCUCUAGAUUGUUUACAGAAACUAAUUGCUUAUGGACAUUUGACUGGCAAUGCUCCAGAUAGUACAACCCCAGGCAAAAAAUUAAUUGAUAGAAUCAUUGAAACGAUAUGUGGCUGCUUUCAAGGUCCUCAAACAGAUGAAGGAGUUCAGUUGCAGAUAAUAAAGGCUUUACUUACUGCAGUAACAUCACAACACAUAGAAAUUCACGAAGGAACUGUAUUGCAAGCUGUGAGAACAUGUUACAAUAUCUAUCUAGCAAGCAAAAAUCUCAUCAAUCAGACAACAGCCAAAGCUACUCUUACUCAGAUGCUAAAUGUUAUCUUUGCACGCAUGGAAAACCAAGCAUUGCAAGAAGCCAAACAAAUGGAAAAAGAAAGGCAUCGGCAGCAUCAUCAUCUUUUGCAGUCUCCAGUAAGCCAUCAUGAGCCUGAAUCACCUCAACUUAGAUAUUUGCCACCUCAGACUGUUGAUCAUAUAUCCCACGAACAUGAAGGGGACCUUGAUCCCCAUACAAAUGAUGUGGAUAAAAGUCUUCAGGAUGACACAGAGCCUGAAAAUGGAUCUGAUAUUUCCAGUGCAGAAAAUGAACAGACUGAAGCUGAUCAAGCAACUGCAGCUGAAACAUUAUCUAAAAAUGAUAUGUUAUUUGAUGGAGAAAACCAUGACUGUGAGGAAAAGCCACAAGAUGUUGUACAGAGCAUUGUAGAAGAAAUGGUGAACAUCGUUGUUGGAGAUAUGGGAGAAGGGACUACUAUAAAUGCAGGUGCAGAUGGCAACAUUGGAACUAUAGAGGAUGGUAGUGACAGUGAAAAUAUUCAAGCAAAUGGAAUUCCAGGAACACCAAUUUCUGUUGCAUAUACACCAUCCUUACCUGACGACAGAUUGUCUGUCUCUUCCAAUGAUACUCAGGAAUCUGGAAAUUCUUCAGGACCUUCACCCGGUGCUAAGUUUUCCCACAUUUUACAAAAGGAUGCCUUUCUAGUAUUCAGGUCAUUGUGUAAACUGUCAAUGAAACCACUGUCAGAUGGACCACCAGAUCCAAAGUCUCAUGAGUUACGAUCCAAGAUUCUUUCAUUGCAGUUACUUCUGUCCAUUCUGCAGAAUGCAGGACCUGUUUUCAGGACAAACGAGAUGUUUAUUAAUGCUAUUAAGCAAUAUCUGUGUGUUGCACUCUCAAAAAAUGGAGUCUCAUCUGUUCCAGAGGUUUUUGAGCUUUCUCUUUCCAUAUUUCUUACUUUGUUGUCAAACUUCAAGACACAUCUGAAGAUGCAAAUUGAGGUGUUCUUUAAAGAAAUUUUCCUAUACAUUUUGGAAACUUCUACCAGCUCAUUUGAUCACAAAUGGAUGGUUAUUCAGACACUGACGAGAAUUUGUGCAGAUGCUCAGAGUGUAGUGGAUAUUUAUGUAAACUACGACUGUGACUUAAAUGCAGCAAAUAUAUUUGAAAGGCUAGUAAAUGAUCUAUCAAAAAUUGCUCAAGGAAGGGGCAGUCAAGAACUUGGUAUGAGUAAUAUUCAGGAAUUGAGCCUGAGGAAAAAAGGUUUAGAAUGUUUAGUGUCGAUUUUGAAGUGUAUGGUUGAAUGGAGUAAGGAUCAGUAUGUGAAUCCCAACUUUCAGACAACUCUCGGUCAGGAAAAACCUUCAGAGCAGGAGAUGAGCGAAAUUAAACACACUGAGACAAUAAACAGAUACGGAAGUUUAAAUUCCCUAGAGUCGACAUCGUCGUCAGGAAUAGGCAGCUACAGUACACAGAUGUCUGGCACUGAUAAUCCAGAACAAUUUGAGGUCCUGAAACAACAAAAAGAAAUAAUAGAACAAGGGAUAGAUUUAUUUAAUAAGAAACCAAAGAGAGGAAUACAGUACCUCCAAGAACAAGGGAUGCUUGGCACUACACCUGAAGAUAUCGCCCAAUUCUUACAUCAAGAGGAAAGAUUAGACUCUACUCAAGUGGGUGAGUUCCUGGGAGAUAAUGAUAAAUUUAACAAAGAGGUCAUGUAUGCAUACGUGGACCAACAUGACUUUUCAGGAAAGGACUUUGUUUCAGCCCUUCGCAUGUUUCUGGAAGGAUUCCGUCUUCCAGGGGAAGCUCAGAAAAUCGAUCGAUUAAUGGAGAAAUUUGCUGCAAGAUACCUCGAAUGCAAUCAAGGACAAACCCUUUUUGCUAGUGCAGAUACUGCUUAUGUUUUGGCUUACUCAAUUAUCAUGUUGACUACAGACCUUCACAGUCCACAGGUUAAAAAUAAAAUGACAAAGGAACAAUACAUUAAGAUGAACAGAGGUAUCAAUGAUAGUAAAGACCUUCCUGAAGAGUAUCUAUCAGCUAUCUAUAAUGAAAUAGCUGGGAAAAAGAUAUCAAUGAAAGAAACAAAAGAACUAACAAUACCUACAAAAUCGAGUAAACAAAACGUAGCCAGUGAAAAACAAAGAAGACUUCUGUAUAACUUAGAAAUGGAACAGAUGGCCAAGACAGCUAAAGCACUCAUGGAGGCCGUGAGCCAUGUUCAGGCACCUUUUACAAGUGCAACACAUUUGGAGCAUGUGAGGCCCAUGUUUAAGUUGGCUUGGACACCUUUUCUGGCUGCAUUCAGUGUGGGUCUACAAGACUGUGAUGAUACCGAAGUAGCCUCUCUUUGCCUGGAAGGUAUAAGAUGUGCAAUCAGAAUUGCAUGCAUUUUCAGCAUUCAGCUGGAAAGAGAUGCGUAUGUCCAGGCACUAGCAAGAUUUACCUUACUUACAGUGAGUUCUGGUAUUACUGAAAUGAAACAGAAGAAUAUUGACACAAUAAAAACACUUAUAACAGUGGCUCAUACAGAUGGAAAUUAUUUAGGAAAUUCAUGGCAUGAGAUUCUGAAGUGCAUCAGUCAGUUGGAGCUGGCACAACUUAUAGGAACUGGAGUAAAACCUCGAUACAUUUCUGGAACAGUGCGAGGCAGAGAAGGAUCUCUUACUGGAACAAAAGAUCAAGCUCCUGAUGAAUUCGUGGGUCUGGGGCUAG